CAGAGUCGGGCCGCGGAAGAGUGCGGCUGUGAGAAGACCGGCUGAGGUUUCCAGCGCGAUCGCGCCGUCCCCGCCGCUCUUCCCGUCCCGCUUGUGCGCUUGCCGCUACUCGCCGGGCGGAGACGCAGCUGCUGAGUCGUGUGGCGGCUUCUGUUGAGUCAGAGGUGUGAGGGACCUGCCGCGGCGCGUCGCAGGUGGCCGCGGUGCUCCCCGGCCGGCGGAGCUGUCGCGCGCGUCGCCGCUAACUUUCCUGAACAUGUGGUAGAUAACCUUCCAGCGGACAUAUCCACUGGCAUUUAUUAUGGUUGGGCCAGUGUUGGAAGUGGAGAUGUUCAUAAGAUGGUGGCGAGCAUUGGGUGGAACCCAUACUACAAGAAUUUGAAAAAGUCCAUGGAAACUCACAUCAUGCAUACCUUCAAAGAGGACUUCUAUGGCGAAAUCCUCAAUGUGGCCAUUGUUGGCUACCUCAGACCGGAGAAGAACUUCGAUUCUUUAGAGUCACUUAUUUCAGCCAUUCACGGAGACAUUGAAGAAGCUAAGAAACGACUGGAUUUGCCAGAACAUUUGAAACUCAAAGAUGACAAUUUCUUCCAGCUUUCAAAAGGCAAAAUUAUUAAUGGCCACUGAUGAAAAAUUACCAUAUUUAUUCAUUUGCUUUGUUUUCUGGUAUUUCACUGUUCAUAAUUAUGCAGUCUCGUCUUGGUUAUAUUUUAAAAAUCAAACAUUUUCCCAUAGCUGUGAACUAGCUUAAAGUAUACAGUAGUACAGAGUUAACCCAACUAUGCUUCAGCUGUUAAAUCCAUCAUGCUGUAGUAGUACUAGAAAUCUUCUUUUCAAAAUCAAGAAUCUUCUUUAUGUAAUAUGCAGAUAAAAAUGAACCACUAAAAGGUGUUGUCUUCUAAUGGAAAUAAAGUAUACUGUAAGGAUGGGUAAAAAGGCAUGUCAGUAGUUGGAGAUGAAAACUAUAAUUCUCAUGGUAGGGUACCAGCGUGUAUGUAUUUGUGUAGCAUAUGCUGCUGGACAGGGAAGACUUGUAAAAUAAGCAGAAGUUUGAUAAUUUAUUAUAAACCUGAGUAAGAAAGUCCAUACUGAAUUUUUGAUAUUUUCUACAUUAAUAUAUCAAUAGGCAUGAAGAAUUUUAUAAAAUUUGGUUUAACUCAUUUCCCUUAUGAAGUCAAUUCAUUUUGCGUCGCCAUUUUUUAUGUAAUUUCCUCAAUUCUAAGUGGCCUAGAUAUCCUUUGCCUAUCAGUUUGUUUUUUUCAAGAUAGUAAAAAAACCAAACCAAAAAAACCACACCCCCUAUGCAGUUUUUUAAUUCCGAAGUUCUUACUUUUGUGUUGGAUAAUUUUUUCUUAUUUAAUAGUAGGUGUUCUUGUUCUUCAACAUUUUUCCUGACAUUCAUUCUUUUUUCCUUUCAACAAUUGUAACAGUUUUUCCAUUUGAAAUAACCUACGUCUGUACACUUAAGAGAUUGCCCCUGUCCCCAUCAUUGCAUUCCAUCACUAUGCGAACAGUGAUUACGUGUAUAUCUGUAUUGCUUUUUUUUUUUUUCCAGUGCUGGGGAUUAAACCCAGGGCCUCACACACAUGGCCAGUGCUGGCGAACCUUUGAGAACUUUCAGUGAUGAAGGAAGCCCCCUAUGGCACACAUGUUGUAGGUUCACCACCACUGCACAAGGCCACUGCUCUACCACUGACCUACGCCCCCAGCCCCUGUAUUGCAGUUUUAAGAAGCUUCCUCAGGAUUUAACACAUGCCCCUUCUUUAUAUGGGCUAGUUUCAUAACACGAAGUGCUUAUUUUUCCUCCUUGGGAAACUGUUUGAGAGCCAGUUAAACUAUGAAAUAGCAGUUUAUUUAUUUUUCAUGUACUUAUAUGUUCCAGAGUAAAUUUAAACUGUUGUACUUGUGUAUGCUCAAUAUAACUUUAAUGCUAAUGUGGAGAAUACUUGUAACUUGAAGGAAGGGUAUAGAUAAAAAUUUAGUAAAUUUCACACUUUGCAUUUUUCCUUUUCCUAACUUUUGGCCACGUGAGUUCUUUUGUUUAUAAAGGUAAAAAGUUGUCAUUGUUCACUUUGGUAACAGUGAGUCAUUGUUCACUUUGGUAACAGAUCUGGGGGAGCAGUUUGGGAGGGAAAGAGUUGAAGUAUAAAGUAGGUAGUUUUAAAGAUAAUUCAUUUUCCCUAAUUACUGAUAUUUAAUAGACAUUUGUAAAGCAUGUUCAAAAACAUGUAAAGUUGUUGGAGCAAAGGAAUGCACAUAUAAAUUUUGUUUGGUUUUUGAGACAGGGUCUCACUGUGUAGCCCAGGCUAGCCUCAUGGGGACCUCAUGGCGAUCCUACUGCCUCAGCCUCCUGAGUGCUGGGAUUACAGGCAUGAGCCACCACACCUGGCUGCCUUUUACUUUGUGCUGUAUGAAUUUGUGGCAGACAGUGCAGUCUGUAGAUUUUCCAUUUAUUUAUAAAAAUAUUUUGAAUUUGUUUUUUAGUGAUCCUGAGAAUUCAACCCAGGGGCUUGUGCAUGCUAGGCAGAUUCUCUGCCCCUGAGUUACCCUUUUCUCCCAGCCCCCUGCGCUGAAAAUACAAUUUUUGAUGUUAGAAAUCCCUAUACUUGAAAGAAGCCUUAAUUAUCCAAUUAUCAGUGGCUUUAUGAAACACAGUUGAAAACAAACAUGGACAUUGUUAAGGCAGAUUUGUAUUUAGUCUGAAUAGCCAGCUGCUAAUUACGUUCUCAUUGUGUAGGAGUUCUUUGGUAUGUAUUGUUACUUUGCAUUUCAUUAAAUAGCCAUUGCUUUUGAAAAAUCAUACAGUAUGUUGUCAAGGGGCUGUGUUUGCACUUAAUAGUUUCAUGUUAAGUGUUUCUGAAUUGUAAGAGGAUAUAGUAGUUCCAUUGUGAUUUGUCUGAAUGUUUUCAGGCCUUGAAAUAAAUCUUAACUAAGUAAUUUU